UAAGCAAAGGUUGGGUGGUUUUCAGAGGGUUUUUGCCAUCUCUGUAAGAAGAGAGAGAGAGAUUGGGAGGAGAGAGAAAAUUGAAGGUAGCGUCCGAAACAUUGUUUGUCUAUCGAGAAAGAAAAGAGACGAAAAUGGGAUAAAGAGAAAAGGAGGAGAGAAAGUGUCGUGAUCGUUGCGAAUUUUGGUUCUGAUGAGAUCUGUUCCUUUGAAUUCUCAGACAAUUUUCCGAUCUUACAUGUUCCUUAAAAUUCUACUCAAAUUCGCUUGAAUGUUUUGUUUUUCUCGGGAAAACAAAGGAUUUGAUAAAUACUAAGAGGAUCUCUUCUAAUUCUUGCAGUGCCUGAGCUUAGGUGAUUGGCAGGUGUUCAUUUGUCCAGGCUUCUUUUGGACCGUGAAAGAUAUUUGGUAAUGCUUGUGUUUUGCAUUUGCUGAGUUUCUGGCAUGAUCUCUGAGAUAUGGUGUUGCAGAAGAGACUAGACUAUGGAUUUAAUGGUUAUCAGGUGCCUCCCACACCUCGAGCUACCAGAUCAGCUAGGAGGAGGGUCCCAUUUAGGAAGAAUGUUGAUGACAAUCAAAUGUGCGCAUUUGACUUAUUGGCUACUGUAGCUGGCAAGUUAUUGUUGGAGGGAGAAAAUUCUCCUAGUUCUGGUAAUGCAUUAACUGGAAAAGAACUGUGCACAAUUGUGAAAGAUUCAUUCAAGAAAGAGCAGAAGGAUGAAGAUAAUCCUUCAAAGGCUGAACCUUGUGAUCGAGUAAGCUGUGAUAGGAGCUUUUCUUUUUUAGAGCUUGCUUCUCAUGCUCCUGCUCUACGUCAUAGUUUAAAGGAAUUUUCACAUGCUCAUAUUGAUGAUUGUUGGGGACUUGCCUCUGUAAUAACAACUUCUGAUUGCUCGGAGAAGGUUGGUUCUUCUGAGAAGUCAAAAAGCAAGAUUCAACUUGGAAGCUCUGCCAGCAAAUUAGAAGUAGCUUCCUCUGGGUACCAGGAGUCUUGUGAUUUUACAGUAGGGAAUGAAAAUAAGAAACAGAUAAAAAUAGAGUCACCAAAGACUGGAAAUGCAAUAAAUGUUACCAAGGCUGAUAUCUGCAGUUCGGAUGAUCUGGCAGUUAGGGAUAGGAAACCUCCUAUUUUAGUUAGUGUAAACAAUAGGGUGAAGUUACCUUCAUGCAUUGAUCAAAUUCCUAGUAGUUCUUUCCCUGCAUGUCGGGAUGAUGUAAAGUUAGUUAUUAGAGAUGAUGAUGAAAACUCUUCUGGGUGCUCUCAACCUAGCACCACAACAAAGACCUUCAGGUCACCACUAUGUAUUGGCAACCGAAGAAUAAGGAAGUUUUUCUCAUCCAAAUAUUGGAAAGUAACUCCAAAACUGAAGGAUGAGGAACAUUUUAAUGCUGAUUCAGAAAUAAAGCCUGUCUACCAUAAUAGGAAGAUUUGUUACAAACGCCGAAGGUCUCAAAGGGAUUAUCCUUUCAAAAAGAGGAGACUUUAUGACCGUAGCUCGGUAUCAAAUUUUGAAGGAAUUAGUAGUGAGGGAAUAUCUAGUUCACCCAGGAAGGGGUUUAGUUGUGAUGCUUCUGGUUCAAGUGCAACACCACGUGGAGCCUCUGGGAUAGCGGCUUGUGUAGCAGGUCAACGCACAUCCUUCCAAUCGAGGGAUUCCCAUGUGAAGCUUAGGAUCAAGUCUUUCAAGGUUCCAGAACUUGUUAUUGAGAUUCCAGAAUCUGCAACUGUUGGUUCACUGAAGAGAACAGUUAUGGACGCAGUGACUGCUAUACUUGGGGGUGGACUACGAGUUGGUGUACUUCUUCAGGGGAAGAAGAUUAGAGAUGAUAACAAAACUCUACUGCAGACUGGAAUAUCUCACAAUAAUAAGCUUGAUGCUUUAGGUUUUUCCUUGGAGCCUAACCCUUUGCAAGCUCCCCAAUCUCUGUGUCAUGAAGAUCGUCCCUUUCUACUUGCUUGUGACACACCUCAGCCUCUAAUAAGGUACCCACCUGCACCUAGUGUAGUACAUAACGUUGUUCAACAGAGAACUGCUGAUGCCUUACCAGAUCCUCCAUUGUCAAGUUUGGGAAACUUUAUUGAAAGCGAUCAUGAUUCGGCACCCUCUCCUCCUGACAUGUCAAUAGCCAAAAGCCCAACACAUUCUAGAGCAUUGGUUGCUGUCCCAGCAAUGAAUGUCGAGGCACUGGCUGUGGUUCCCAUGAGGAAAUCCAAGCGAUCUGAUGCUGUGCAGCGUCGAAUUCGUCGACCUUUCUCUGUUUAUGAAGUGGAAGCACUGGUUCAAGCUGUUGAGAAGCUUGGAACAGGAAGAUGGCGUGAGGUUAAACUGCGAGCUUUUGAUAAUGCAAAACAUCGAACUUAUGUGGAUCUCAAGGACAAAUGGAAAACACUGGUGCACACGGCAAGAAUAUCCCCACAGCAAAGGAGGGGUGAGCCGGUGCCCCAAGAGCUCUUGGAUCGGGUCCUAACUGCCCAUGCUUACUGGUCCCAACAAGAAGCCAAGCAACAGCUCAAACAACAGAAUUCAGAGACUUGUCGCCUUUGAAAAAAAAUUCACCACCGAUGAAGAAACUAAAGAUCAGUUGGAUGGGGAUUCAAAGACUGGUUUUGAUUUUGUAAAAAGUAAUGACAAGGAUGGGGGAAAACAGGUAAAAUGUAAUAUUUGUAGCUCUUGCGGCGAUUCUUUUCAUCUGGGGAGAUGGGUUUUGGCGCUUGUAAAUGUGUUGACAAAAUAAGAGCUUUCUAACGGGGAAUUUUUUGAUGCCGAAAUGUGGGCAUUUUUUUUUUUUUGUUCAUUUAAUUUCUUAAAUUGGGGUUUAAGGUGAAAAAAGAAAAGAAAAGAAAAAGCAUGGGAAUUGAAGUUCAUUUGUUGUAUUUUGUAGAUGGUUAGUGAUUGUAACCUUCAUUUUAAUGCUUAUUUAGCAUUUUAAUAUAUGAUAAAUUCAUUGACACCUCCA